AUGACGGUGGCAAAGAGUGACCUGCCCAAACCAGCCAGUGACCUGAAGGCAGGGAAGCAACUCCCAUUCUUCUAUGGGGACCCGCCCCCUGAGCUUCUGAACACCCCACUGGAGGAGCUGGAUCCCUACUACCAGUCAAAGAAGACGUUCAUCGUGCUCGGUAAAGGAAACAUCAUCCACAGGUUUAAUGCUGAGUCGGCCUGUUACCUGUUGAGUCCAUUCAACCUGCUGAGGACCGCCGCCAUCAAGAUCCACAUUCACUUGUUAUUCCGUUUGUUCAUCCUGGUGACGGUUCUGACCAACUGUGUGUUCAUGACGAUGAGUAAUCCUCCAGAAUGGAGAGAGACUGCGGAACAUGUGUUCACAGCCAUCUACACGCUUGAAGUCCUCAUAAAGAUGAUGUCCAGAGGCCUCUGUUUCGGAAGCUUCACUUUCCUCAGAGACCCCUGGAACUGGCUAGACAUCCUGGUCGUCCUCACAGGAUAUUUGACAUGGAUUGUAUCUAUAAAGACACUUUCUGUGUUGAGAACAGUUACUCGAGUACUGAAGAUCAUCACAGUCAUCCCAGGUCUGAAAAAGACUGUCGGAGAUGUCGUCCAGUCGUUGAGGAAACUGGCUGAUGUCAUCACUCUAAUGGUGUUCUGGCUCUGUCUCUUGGCUCUGAUCGCUCUGCAGCUCUUCAUGGGAUCUCUGAAGCACAAAUGUAUUAUUUCAUCAUGGCUGGCGCCAGCAGGAAGCACUGAGUUUGAUUUCACUGAGCAUGUUCUCAACACUGAGAACCAGUACCACCUGCCUGGUCAGGUAGAUCCUCUGCUGUGUGGAAACUCCUCUGAUUCAGGGGCCUGUCCUGAGGGUUACACCUGUCUGAGGGCGGGGAAAAACCCAAACUACGGCUACACCAGCUACGAUUCGUUUGGUUGGUCUCUGCUGAACAUGGUCCGACUGAUGACCCAGGACUUCUGGGAAAACCUGAUGCAGCUGAUGCUCCGAUCAUCAGGUUCCCACCUCCUGGUCUUCUUCAUGGGUAUUGUCUUCCCCGGCUUUUUACAGUGUGACACUGUUACACUGCAGCAGAAUGUGGACCAGUUUUAUAAAGAGUCCCAGCAGACGGUGGCGAAGAGUGACCUGCCCAAACCAGCCAGUGACCUGAAGGCAGGGAAGCAACUCCCAUUCUUCUAUGGGGACCCGCCCCCUGAGCUUCUGAACACCCCACUGGAGGAGCUGGAUCCCUACUACCAGUCAAAGAAGACGUUCAUCGUGCUCGGUAAAGGAAACAUCAUCCACAGGUUUAAUGCUGAGUCGGCCUGUUACCUGUUGAGUCCAUUCAACCUGCUGAGGACCGCCGCCAUCAAGAUCCACAUUCACUUAUAUCCUUUAUGA